CCCUAAAGUGUUGACUUAGAAUUGGGAGCUACCUGCAAUUCUACGUCCGCCAUCCUAGCCAGGCAGGUACCACUUGCGAUUGUCAACCUGUGACAGCUUCCAUCUUGGUUGAACUUCGAUAUGUCGUUUGCUCCUGCGCUCUGUUUUCUUUAGUUGACGUGCGACGACGUCUACCUAUUCGCAACAUCUUGCCUUCGAUUUGCUUCAAAGCGACACCAUGGAGAGCGGCAUGAAUACACGGCGCAUACGGAAACUGUCCAAUCCACGUUGAAUGUUGGCCGGAGGAGUACUUCUCUACGUCUGGCGACUUGAUAUUUAAACACAAUGGCCAUCCGAAGCAACUUCUUUGGCGACGAAGGGGGGUUCAAUGGCUUAUUCUUGGGAUCUCUAAUCAUAUGCGGCGCAUUAUCAAUAUUCUCCCUCCUUUACUUUAAUAGAGUCUUUGCAUCUCUGCUGUCGUGGGCAUUGCGGACAUGGACCUGGCAUCAGUACAAAGUCUACAUCGACAUCCAAGCUCUCCAGAUCUCCCUACUCGGCGGCCGCAUAUUCUUUACUGGUCUUCGGUACCACGGCGCGAACGAAACAAUACUGGUCCAGAAUGGUUACAUAACAUGGAAAUACUGGCUGCGCAGAGUACGGGGCGUCAAGAUCUCAGCCAAGGACGCACGAGGGCAUAACGAGACCGAUACCGAUUCCGACGCCGAUCCCAUCACUGAACAGCUGCCGACGCCCAAACUUCCUUGCCGCAUCAGUGUUUGUCUCUCUGGCCUAGAAUGGUUCAUCUACAAUCGUAGCCCGGCCUAUGAUUCGAUUCUGUCUGGGUUGACGGAUCUACAGGAGGAUGCGGUCCCGGCUGCUUCGGGGACAGAGCCUGUCGGGGCAGGUGACGGUGCAGGAACCCAUGAGUCGGGCAACACACGAAAGCGCCGGUCCAAAAAGCGUGAGACGCUGAGAAAGUCGGAACAGACGCAGAGGUCGGGCGCCACCCAAUACAGGAAUGGGCGACCAAUACAGGAUAGCAGUACUGGGCGCGCGUCUACUAUGGCUUCUUCCGACUCUGAGGACGAGGAGGAGCAUGAGCGGGACGGACAAUUCUCGCAUGAGCUCCCCUUGUUCUUGCAGAUGCUACCAUUGCAGUUGGAGUGUACCAAGGCAGCUAUGGUGAUGGGAAACGAAAACACGAAAGCCAUCUUGAUUGUCAAGACCGAGUCAAUGGAAGGGGAGGUUGAUGCUUCAGCAACGGAAACCCCAGAUCCGUACCGCCAAUUCUUCCGCUUCAAGUUCAAUCACCCUGUGAUCGAAAUGAAGGAAAACUUGGAUUUUAAGGAGGACCAGGCAGAUAGGGCUACUCGAGACAAGCAGACGACAACCCAUGAUCCCAUCUCUGUCCAUCAUAGGCCCUUCCUCAAACAGCAGAUGCGCAGGUUGAUGGGAUGUCUUCACCGGCUUCGUCGCAUCGUGCCUUUCCGGCGAAAUAGGUCUGUAGAAUCCCUCCCUCUGGAUGCAGAGAGGGAUAUCAGAACCGCAACUAGCCCCAUAUCAACCUCAAAUCCAAAUAACUGGCAAGGGUUGUCGCGAUACCUCGAUAGCAAGGCCCACGAUGUUGGCGGUACGAGACCAGGCUGGGCCUCGUCGGAAUACGCAGCGGUACCGACUAUCUUAGACAGCCCCGAAGCGACGCUUACCAUCCUAUGGGAUGUUGUAGGCAAAGUUCGGCGUCCUCACACCAAUGCAGGCGAAAAGGCGACAGGGUCCUUGCACAACAUUAAUGGCGAAGAGCCGCCAGCAUGGUCUAUACAACUCUCAGUCAAAGGGGGUUCCAUCAACUAUGGUCCAUGGGCGGACAGACAACGAGCAGAUCUCCAACGCACUUUUGUUCCGAAUCUUUGCAAAGAUGCAACUCCGGCAACACGAUUGCCUGUGGGCGCGUAUCGUGUUCCCACCAAGUUCAACUUUUACGUUGAGUUCGAAGACACAGUCACCCUCCGAGUUCCCGUACGGGAGGAGUCCAAAAAUUGGAAAUGGAAGGGCAAAGAUCCUGCCACUAAGCCACCACCCGAACCUCAGACACGUAAACACCGCGGUCGACCCAAGAAAGCAGAGCAGCCUGCCACUAUCCAUCAACGACCAUAUGGAUGGCUUGAUAUCAAAGUUGCCAAAGACGCUACUAUGUCGUAUACCAUGGAUAUGGUAGCUGGCGUAGCAGGGUUUUCAAACCAGCUCGUCCUGGAGUUGCCGAGCACUGAAAUCUCGAGCAGCAUUAACCAUGAACUGCUUUGGAAAUCAGGGAAGCAACAGAUAUCUUGCGAUCUUUCUACUCCCUUGGGCUGGAACGCCCUUCGUGAAUGGCGUUUCAAAAUCAUCAGCAGUGAUCUGGACCUCUUCAUCUUGCGUGACCACGUCUUCCUCCUGACUGAUUUAGUUGGUGACUGGGCAAGCGGGCCGCCGCCUGAAUAUCUUGUCUUUACCCCCUUCAAGUAUCACGUUGAGUUUCAAAUGCAGAACCUCCGACUGUUUUUGAACCUCAACGAUGCAAACAUCGUCAACAACCCUAUCGACCUAGACGACAACACGUACUUCAUCGUUGCCAGCCCAUUGCUUCAGUCCAAGUUGACUAUCCCGAUUGACAACUAUAGGCCGAACAAGAACGCCAUUCCUUUCAAUAUCACUGCUAGCAACGCUUCUGUUGCCCUUCAUGUCCCCCCAUGGAAUACCCAAGCGUCAUUCCUAGACACCAAGGAAGUUGGACGGCUGGAAAAUAUGGUGGUUGAUGGCGCCUAUCACUACCAUACGAUAACUUCGCCAGCAAACACAGAUACGCUCAUAUUGAACUUCAGUACGCAAUCUCUAUUUGCGCGUGUAUACGGCUUUACUGUGCGGUAUGCUAUGAAGAUCAAAGACAAUUACUUUGGCGAGGAUGUUCACUUUAAGACCUUGGACGAACAUCAGGAUAUGCUACGCUUGAAGGAUCAGAACCCCGAUGCUGAGACUACCAACAAGCCGCCCCCUAAGAAGUCGAGCGAUUUGGAUGUCAUCUUAAGCGUCAAGUGCGACGAGCCAAAGAUUCUGAUACCGGCAAAUCUGUAUUCUUCAACUCGUCACGUUCUGAUCGACACAGCUUCUUUCGGGGCUGAUCUGCGGUUCACAAAUUACUUCAUGGAAAUGGACUUGGAGGUGGCACCUUUACAGCUGUCGCUGGGCAGUUCAGAUUCAUCGGGCGCAGACACACCAAAGAGUGCCACUGGCUCCAACACACAACUGUUCAUAGAUGGCAUCCAUCUCUAUGGGCACCGACUCUUUGGGCUUCCCCAUGCUGAGCCAACAUACCUAUGCAACUGGGAUCUCUCAGUUGGUACCAUUACCGGCGAGUGUACUACUGAGUUUUUGACAACGCUGGUCAGGGGCGGAAACGCCUUUGGGUUCUCCUUCGAUGAUGACGAGAAUGCGUUAAUCUCUGCCGCUUCAAUCGUCCUCUACGACAUCACAUUCCUUCGUGUUUAUGUCCAGUCGGUGGGCAUCUGGCUCCAUGUCGAAGACGCUGCUUUUCUUCUUUCUACUGGGUCUAUCAAUGUUGACUUCAACGAUUGGGCACGGUCCCAUUAUUCCAGACGAGCCAACAUUAGGAUUCCCAACGUCAAGGUCUCUUGCAUCAAUGCUGAAAAUGCCGCAAGACACAAAAUGCGAGCUAACCAUCCUAUUGAAACCGAUGCGAUUUUGGAAACAAGCGUAUCAUUGGCUAUCAUUGGGAGAAAACAUGACUUCUCUGAUCAGAAGAGGCGGCAGCAAGAAUUCGUUCGUCGGGAGGACCAAAGGACCCAUAGAACGCCGUUCCUUCUUCUUUCAGAGGCGCCUGAAGAUUUUAUCCCAGACAUCGUAGAUCCUCCUGCUCAGAGCGUUCCGCCUAUGCCGACCCCUACAAAGGCGGAUGAGGUUGAGUCUGACAGGAUGACAACAUAUUCACGCGCAACCUCGAAACCAUCUAGGAGCCUACGACACAAAAGUUCGUUCCUGUCUUUCACGAGCGAGAGCAGUGUCGUCAGACCUCGCUCGAGACGCUCGAGCGUGAGGGUGAAGCAAGCAGAUCGUCUUUCGCCGUUCGCAUCUUAUGGUCGUCAAUCUCGUGGUAGCCGCGGACACAUCAGAGAUAUUUCGCCCUCGACCCGCCACUCUGGCUUUUACAGUACUUUCGGUGACAACGCUGAGCGGCAAGAUCUCAUGCACAAUACAGUAGCAUUCUCGAGCCAGUACUUUGCACCAUAUUUUCCGUUGGAGAAUCUGAAGAUGAAUUACAAGGAUGCGGCAAAAAUCAGCGUUGAAAGGGAUGAUGAAAGCGAAGCUGAGCGUAACUCUCUCACCUUUGAUCUGGGGGAUAUUGACCCGGAUUCUAUCCAGGAGGAUUGUGCUUACUCGAGCAUUAUCCUGGAGAUGCCUUCAGGUGUGAAGGCAAUCUGCAAUCCUACCGCACUGCGACACGUUGUCACUUUGCUUUCAUCGCUCCAGCCUACAGAUCCGGAAGAUAUUCUGGACAGCAUACAGUCAGACUCUAUGAAAGCCAUUUUUGGUAUGCAAAAAGAUCAGAAGAUGAAGGGCCAUGUCGAAGACAUCCUCAUCAAGAUACCGCGGGCCGACAUUCGUUUCGCCAACCCAUUUGAUUCUGAUCCGGCCAACCCCUUGGGCGAGGAGGAAGACCAAUACAAUCUUUCUAUAACCCGACUCGCAUUGGCAUCUCGAUCAGAAAUCAAGUGGCGAGAUGCAUUCAAGCCUGAGUCCAAGCAGACACGCAGCUCGUUCCAUCUCCGGCUGCAAUCGAUAGAAGCUUCAGCAGCGGAAAGAUAUCAUGACGCCUUCAAUUCCCCAGCCGCUGUUCGAGCUUCGGUAGAGAACAUCAUGAUCUCGAUGGGGACUCGCGAUGUCACGUAUCUGGACGUGGACGUAGGCACGAUCACGAGCUCUACGUCUUCGGAAAAGGUAGAUUAUCUCGCGUCCUUGAUUCACCGCACAAGCGUCCUAGCUUCCGAUUUCGGCAGGCUCUUCAACGAGAAAUCAACUUAUGAAGAGAAUAUGCCGAAAAAUCUCGUCAAGCGCCUCAUAGAAGACGGCCAAGGUGCCCCCGACCCUGGGUUUUUUGUUCGGCCUUCUGCCAUUCUUCGUUCUGCGCCUGAACAUUUGAGGUCCUUCGAUUGCUGGAAGCUCGUUAUGCGACUACGGCAAAUGUGGGCAGUUCGGUCUCAAUGGGAGAAGGAGCAACUGGGUUAUACGUGUCUCGAUAAAACUCAGACCCCUUCGGCUAACAUACGAGAAGAAGUCAUCGCAGCGUUUGAGAAAUGGCGCAGUUGGGACCUGGGCAACAUUUCGGACAGUCCGCUCAUAAACACGAUUUUCGGCCCAGCCAAAAAUGGACCGGGGCCAACCAAGGAGAGGCCGACUCUCGCUGUAGUCAAGAUCAAGCAGAUUCAGUUUAUUCUUGAUCCCGGACCGAAACAGAACGAGAUAAUGGCCGUCGCGCUGUCGAUCAGAGCUGACACAAGACGGGCAAGCGACGCCGAAUCCAAUGCCAGGAAUGCCGAAACAGCAGGGCGGUUAACCAUCUUAAAUAUCAACUGCAGUGACGCUGCCAUAAACCUGAACUGGGAGUUGUGUGAACUGGCUACGAGGCUGCUUGAGCUAGUAAACAAACUUGAGUCCAAACCAUCAACUGCUCCGAAGAUGGCCUCUCUUCCUUCUACCAAGAAGACCGAGGAUCAUACCAUUCAUUGCGUAUUGGCCAUCGGCCAUGGGUCCAUCGCUCUGGAAACCAUCAACCUGCACAUCUCCUCUAUAGGGAGUGGGCUGAGUGCAUCGUUACUCUUACAGCUCGGGCAAGAGGAGAAAAUGGAUACAAACAUGAUCUUGACCUGCGAUUCCGUAAUCUCAAGUCUUCGAAGUCAUUCCGAAGGAGUCGCAAAGCUUGUCCUACAAAGACCAAGCGUGUUUGUCUCACACGAACUCAAAAAGUCACAAACGAUUGACAGCCAUACCAUCAAGGCAACAGCAAGCAGCCACCAUCUCAGCUUCGUUGUCAAGCAAGACCCGGUUUAUAUCACAGAACUCUUGGAUCUCGUCGUACGAGAUGAGGUUGCUAAGAUUUACAAGCUCGGCAAAAAGGUUCCAUCCUCGGCCCCCUCUGAUUCAGCACCCAAGAAGAUCGUUGAUCGGCUUUCUGCCUUCAGGGUGAACGUUGCUAUGUUUAUGGACCAAUAUACGAUCAGCAUACCGUUGCUCCGUUCACUGACAUAUACAGUCAAUGGAACUGUUGCGCGAGUAGCGAUGGCGGCGAACUUUGGCAGGGAGAUCAUCUUUGAUUUUGAUAUCAAGGAGAACUCCCAUGAGAUAAGGACAAAGAUGAACAACGUUACAAAACGGAUAUCUCUGCUACAGAUUCCACCGACAAACGGGCAGAUCAGGAACCAUACGACCGACAGUGAACAUUCGGUGACUGUUUUUGCAUCUCUGGAGCUAGUAGAACUGGAUGCAUCGGCAGUGUACAGUUUUCUGUCGGCGUUGAACCGCCCCGAGGUCUCGAGUGCUAUCACUGAGCUGCAACAGCAAGGCAAAGCCAUCCAAGAACACAUAAAGGAGAUAAGCGGAAGCAAUCAGGCCUCUGACAUGCGCGCCUCAUCUCCUGGAACCCCUCAAGCAGAGUCAAAGUUAUUAGUUUAUGCUAUAAACCUGACCUUUGCCGGCCUGAGAGUGUUUGGGAAUAGUCCGCUUAAUUCGGAGGUGGAACCGUUUGCUCAUAUAGCAUUCCAGCUCGACAAGAUACAUCUUGGUACGGCCAAUCGAGUGGAACAACAAGGGCCACUUCUGGCAUAUCCCGAGUUUCAUGUCAACAUCCGAGAAGUUGCUUUCGAGAUCCAGAAGGGUGAUGCUGAAACCAUGAGAUCGUGUGGAAAUCUCGGCUUCGGAGCUCUUAUAACCGCCUCAUCAAAGCAUGACGAUGACGGAAAGGAGCAGAGGCUGUUUAACGUCAAGAGUGACGCCUUUCAUAUCAAUCUUUCACCUGACACAAUCUCAACAGUUGUCGACGUCCUUGGUUAUAUGGGUGACAAGAUCAAAGAUCUUGAUACAACAAGAGAAUUGGAAUAUCUGCGAAAGCUCCGCCAGUCUAAGCCACGCAUUGCCAUCAAUGAUCUGGAAAUGGAAGAGGAAGACCAGGACAUCGUCGAUGUUUUCCUGUCUUCAUUCACGUACACGUUCGAGAUCUGCAACAUACAACUUGCCUGGCUAGUCAACCAUAACCACCCAAGAGAACUCCCGGACCCUGAUAAGGAGGACCUUGUCCUGUCGCUAGACAAGAUUGAGUUCAGCACUCGCACAAGGAACUCGGCCAGGCUCACAAUUGAAAACCUACGGCUCCAAAUGGUUUCGCUCGAGCAGGAACGGAGGCUACGAUCCCCGAACUCUGCUUUGCUGCCGGAGAUUAUGUUCAACAUUGCCUACGUAUCCAUGUCUGACACCCGGCGGCUGGCCUUCCAAGCUGUGGGCAAGACGCUCGACAUUCGACUUACUUCGGGUUUUAUCCUACCGGCAGCUCAUCUAACCAGGUCAAUCAGUCUGUCGAUAAACAAUGUCCAACAGGCUUCACAAAACUGGAAUCCUUCUCCGCCCGCUGCAACACAAGCAGCAAGUUUGCCCGAACCACAAGAGCAGAUUCGCAAAAGGAGCAUUCUGGGUAGCAAGAGGCUUGAAUCACUCCUCGUGGACGCAGACUUUGCGGGUGCCGUCGUACAUUUGACAGGCAAGAGAACACCCAGUGAUCUAGUCAGUGCCUCAAGGCUAGGCAAGUCCAGCACGGCUGGGAAGUCGGGACAGUUUGGGCAAGAAGAGUGGGUGAACAGCGUCACGACCCUCAGGUCCCCAGGCCUUGCCUUAAAACUCGAAUAUUGCGAUGACGGCAGGGAAGACCCUUCUCUGUUUGCUGAAGUGAAGAUCGACGCGUCUAGCAACAUAUUGUAUCCAUCAGUGGUGCCUUUGAUCGUGGAAAUGAGCAAUAACAUCAAGUCGGUGGUCAGCGAACGAGGAGAUGGUGCCAACCCUCCCAGUCCCCCGCAAGCACCUCCACCCAAGGCUAAACCAGCUGAAGAGGACGGGAUUCUCGGUGCUGAUCCCACCGCUGUGCUGGGUCGUGUGAAACUCAAUCUAGGCCUGCGUGUCCGGAAGCAGGAAUUCUCGUUGAGCUGUCAGCCUAUCGCUCUAGUGGCGGCCACCGCCAGUUUUGACGAUGUUUACUUUACCGCCAACACCGUCCGGUCGGCUGACCAGGGCAACUUCUUUGCAAUAUCUGGAGCCUUUUCAAACCUCCGGGCUUCUGUCCAGCACGUCUAUUCGCGGGAGUCGACCGGCAGCUUCAACGUUGACUCAAUAGUCCUGUCGCUGAUGAACAGCAAGCAUGUAAGCGGCACCAACGGGCUGUCUGCGAUUCUCAAGGUCAGCCCGAUGGAGGUGUCGAUCAACGCAAAGCAACUUCAGGACUUUAUGCUUUUCCAAGAGAUAUGGGUCCCCCGUCAAUUUACCGAAACCACGCCGUCAUCACCAGUGGCCAAACUGGUCACAGAGACCUCACAGGGUCAUCUAGUGCAGCGCUAUCAGCAGGUUGCGGCAACUGCUGCUUUCCCUUGGACUGCCACCAUCUCUAUCACCGCACUGAAGAUUUCUGUGGAUCUAGGUCAGGCCUUGGGCAAAUCUACGUUUUCCAUUGACAAUUUCUGGAUCUCGUCCAAAAAGACGUCAGACUGGGAGCAAAAUCUCUGCCUCGGCUUUGACAUGAUUGGCAUGGAAAGUCAAGGCCGGAUGAGCGGCUUUGUGGCACUGCGAGACUUCAAGCUACGUACCUCCAUCAAGUGGCCUGAAAGAGAACAGGCCUUGAAUGAGACACCUCUUGUUCAGGCGUCUGUGGCAUUCAGCCAGUUCCGGGUCAAGGCUGCCUUCGACUACCAGGCUUUCCUAGUUGCAGACAUCACGUCCAUGGAGUUCCUCAUGUACAACGUACGGCGCAGCCGACAAGGAAUGGGAGACCGUCUUGUCGCUAUCUUUGACGGCAAUGCUGUCCAGAUCUUUGGAACUACCAGCUCGGCCGCUCAGGGCGUGGCCAUGUACCAGGCCUUCCAAAGGCUCAUUCAAGAGCGCAAAGCAAACUUUGAGAGCUCUCUCAAGGAGAUCGAGCGGUUCAUGAGGAGAAAAUCGGUCACGGCACCAGCAGCAGUCAUAAAGCGCCUUGAUCAGAAAUCCAAACUCGCAAGCGAAGCGGACGAUACGCUCUCCAAAUCUCCCAUCUCACUGGACACCGACGUCGUGGUAACCCUCAAGGCUCUCAACCUAGGUGUCUUCCCCGGCACCUUUGCCGACAGUCAAGUGUUCAAGGUUGAAGCCCUGAACGCUCAAGCCCGGUUUGCCGCGAGCAUCGAGGACCGCAGAAUCCACAGCAUCCUAGGUCUGACACUAGGCCAGCUGCGCAUCGGCCUCGCCGGCGUGCGCGCUACUGGCGGUGCUCCCAAGACGCUGAGCGAGCUCUCGGUUGAGGACGUAGUCCAGAGCGCCACGGGCUCCCGAGGCGGCACCAUUCUCAAAGUGCCCCAGGUCGAGGCGGUCAUGCAAACAUGGCAGCGGCCCGACAGCCGCUCCAUCGACUACAUCUUCAAGAGCGCGUUCGAAGGCAAGGUCGAAGUGGGCUGGAACUACAGCCGCAUCAGCUUCAUCCGCGGCAUGUGGGCCAACCACUCCAAGACGCUCCAGCGCACUUGGGGCAAAGAGUUACCGCCCGUCACGGCCAUCCGCGUCACGGGGGUGCCCGAGGGUCCGGCUGAAGAUACUACUACUACAACAACCGCAAGUGGUAAAGACGGAGAUCAGAAACAAAAAGACCAACGACAGUCAUCUACCACCACAUCCACUUCCACUCCCGCCGACGGGUCUUCCUCCUCCUCCUCCUUUGCACCUGGAUCUGCUUCCCAAGAAACAGAAAAAGAAAAGGACCACAAACAAUCACAAUCCAACAAGAUCACGGCCGAAGUCAAAGUGCCCCAGUCCAAAUACGAGUACACGGCGCUCGAGCCGCCCGUGAUUGAAACCCCCCAGCUGCGCGACAUGGGCGAAGCCACGCCGCCGCUCGAGUGGAUCGGCUUGCACCGCGACCGGUUGCCGAACUUAACGCACCAGAUUGUUAUUGUGAGCUUGUUGGAGCUGGCGGGCGAGGUGGAGGAUGCGUAUAGUAAGAUUUUGGGGUCUACUUGA